AUGACAAUAAAGUGUAAUAAGAAAAAUAAAUCUUUUGAUUUACCAACAAUGAAGUCGCGUAAUAUACAUUCUAAUUCUAUAUCUUCUGAUGAUGAUGGAACACCAGAACCUCCAUCACCAGCUAAUACACCUAUAGCAACUGAUCCAUGUAUAUUUUUUGAUUAUGAUCUAAAAUUUGCAAGAAUGUCUUCUCCACGUGUAUCUGGCUCAACUGGUAGAGACUCACCUGCUCUCAGCGCAACCGAUCCUUUUCAAUUUGACGAGAAUAAAUUCUCAUCGAAUGCUGCUAAUCCAGAAAAACAAGAGUUAUAUCUUUUUAAUUGGCUAUCUAAUCUAGAACGAGAGCUUAAAAGAACUGACAAGGAUACUAUAAAGUCUCAUCAAGUAAAUUUAGAAAAAUUAUUAUUAAAGAUUAUUUCUCUAGUCUCGCCAAAACCUCGUAGACCAAUAAGAAAUUUGGUUGCAAGAUGUUUUGUAAUUAUUUAUGUGAAAGGUGAUUCAAGAAGUCUGUUUGAUACUGUGACCGCAUUACAAAGCAUUUUGGGUGUGGUGAGCAAAGGUACAGGUGAAAAAGAAACAAAACUAGCUGCAUUACAUUGCAUAGGUGUUAUUUUGAAAUCAUUAGGUGAUAGAAUUUUAUCAUUAUUUCCUGAAACUAUUAAUAUUUGUUUAAAAACAAUUAAAAAUACAAAUAACCCUUUAAUCAUUAGAUUAGAAGCUACUUACACUAUCACAAGAUCAUUUGAAGGUGCUAGUAAAGCAGCAACAGAAGGCCUUAUAAAAGAUAUUAUGAAACAACUAAAAGCUAGUCUAAAUGAUAAAGCAUUAAUAAUCAGAGUUGCUGCAAUUGAGUGCAUGCACACAAUGGCUAAAUUAACAAAUCAAAAAUACCCAAUUACAAAAAGUGAACUUGACCAAAUAAUUGCACAAAUGGUAAAAAUACUUGAUGGAUCAAAUCAAACAAUUCGAAGAUCUGUGGCUUCAUAUUUGGCAACAUUGUUAGCACAAACACAAUGUGAUGCAGAUUAUUUAUCAACCUCGACAUCACCUCCAUCAAAAAACAACUCAUCGAGUCAACAAUCACAAACUUCUUCAGGAAGUCCUACUUCAAACUCAAUCCAGGAUAUUGCUGCCGAUUCACCAAAAUUGUCAGUUGAAGAAAUGCUUUCAAUUUUAUCCUCUAUAUAUAAAAAAUCAUCUACAACCAGGGAAAUGAGAGCUGCUAUAAUUGAAACAUAUUCUUCUCUUUUUAUAAACUUGGGUACAAAAUAUGUUCAAGUUCAUUAUGCUACUAUUGCUCAACACCUAUUAAAUGAUUUAGUUUCAAACGUCAAAAGCUCUCCAUCACGUUACGAUGUCCUUAAUGUACGUGAACACUGUGGAUUGUUGUUGCGUGAUGUGAUAGGCACAAGAUUAUUGAGUGAACAAGGUCAAUUAACUGCUGUCAGAGAACUUGCUAAUGGUUGGAUUAAAAAAUGGCCUGCUUUAAUGCCUACUGAAACAGAACCUAGCAAAUGGGCUCUUGUUUGUGCAGCUAAUGAAAUAUCCGGUUUAUUGAUUGAUUUGGGUGGUGCUGCAAAUACUAUUUUGGAUGUGAUUAUGAAUCCACUUGUUUUACUUUUAAGUCAUCCUAGCCAUUCAGUUCAAGUUGCAACUGCAUGGUGUCUAAGAUGUUUGUGCUUUUCAUUACCUAUCAAAUUAACUGAUCUUAUAACCAAAACACUCAAUUUACUUAAUAAGGAUUUAAACAACCUUGGUAAUCAUACAUCACCAGAUCUACCAAAGAAAACAUUAGGACAUGCAUAUGGCUUGGCAGCAUUAUUAAGUGUUGUACAUUCAAGACUUCUUGAUGUCUCAUUUGAACUAAGUGCACGAGUAUUUUCAUUGGCAACCCAACUAAUUAAAUCUAGUUCUAAUAAAGACCUUGCGGUUGCCAGUGUCCAAAUUCAAGUUGCAUGGAUACUUGUUGGUUCAUUGAUGUCCUUGGGGCCAAAUUUUGUUAAACUUCAUUUGCCACAAUUAUUAUUACUAUGGAAAACUGCAUUACCAAAGCCAUCUUCUAAAGAUUCUGUUUCUAACCGAACAGAAGGCGAAUGGACAUUCAUGUUUCAUGUUAGAGAAUGUGUAGUAGGAGCUAUGUUAAGUUUUCUAUCACAUAAUUCAAAAUUGAUAACAGCUGAUGUGGCAAAACGACUCGCAGCAUUAUUAAGUAAUGCAUUAUCUUUCAUUUCAUUGGUUCCUACUACGUUUUCUAAUUCUUCAACUACACCAAAUUCUUCAACAACCUCAAUAAUUCCCCCGUUGCCUUCAUCAACAUCGCUGAAAUUCAUAGAUAGAGAUAAUAUGUUGAAACGCAGAAUAAUUCAAUGUUUUAUAUUAAUAAAACCUGUUUCAUCAUUUGAGAAUCUAAGUUCUCAAUUAUUGAAAAUUUGCCUAUCAAAUUUUGCAGAUCCUGAGAAAAACAUGGGUUCGGCAAUUACAGCUGCAAUCGCUGCAGUUUCUGGAUCAUAUACUAGUGUUUGGACAACUGGUAAUGAAUAUGGUUUUGGUGUUACCAGUAGACUGCAAGGAAUAAAUAUUGAUAUUGCCAAUCACUUUGAUAAUAAUCAAAACGAAAACAAAGGCAAUGUUACUAGAGAUUGGAUAAAUCGAGAUCUCGUUGAGAGUAAGGUUGAAAAUCAGCUACCAAAACCAGUACCGUCAGCCACUGCAUUAAUUGAUUAUAGUAUUGAAUUGUUCGGUUUAAUAUUUCCAUUCCAAAGUUCUACUGUGCAAGAAAGUUAUUUGGAUCAGUUGAUGAAGGCUGUUAGACAUGUAAAAUUAGAAAAAAGUCCUGGUAGGAAAAUGGCAGUUCAAGUAAAUAUGGUAUUGGCAUUAUUAUGCAUAUUUAAGAAUAUUAUUAAUUUUGGAUCAAAUAAAAAAUCAACAAGUGAUAUUAAUGUACCGAGUAUAGCUGAAAAAAAAGUUGGUUCACUAGCAAUGGAAUUAUUACAAGAAGCAAUAGUUCAUCCUGACCCAUAUCUCAGAAAUGCUGCAAGUGAUGCUUUAGGAAAAUUGUUAUCGAUUGCUGGUGGUAAUUUGAUACCAACACAAAUGCAAUUAUUGGUGGAUCAAGUUGUAAGCAAUCGUGAUCCUGAUACACGUGCAGGAAGUGCUUUAGCUCUCGGUAGCAUUUACAGUAAUGUUGGAUCUAUGGCAGCAGGUAGCCAUUUAAAAACGUUAGUUGGAAUAUUAUUGUCACUUAGUAGUGACCCACAUCCCGUAGUACAUUUCUGGGCGCUUUAUUCAUUAUCAAAAACUAUAGAAUCAGCUGGUUUGAUGUUUUCACCCUAUGUAAGUAGUACUUUAGGCAUUAUAGCAAAAUUAUAUAUGUCAGAAACUCAUGAACCAGGUGGUGGUACAGUAGGAACAACCAAUGUAGGAUUAGGUUUAUCAGCUUAUCAACAAUUUGGUAGAAUCAUAUAUGGAUUGAUAGGAACUUUAGGCCCGGAAUUACAAACAAGUACUAAGGUCAGAGAUUUAUGUUUGAAUUUAAUGGUAGAAUUAAGAAAUGACGAAGAUCAAAUGGUUGUGGUGGAAUCAAUUAGAUGUUUACAACACUUUAUAAUGUUUGCUCAGCAAUAUGUUGACUUACCCAAAUUGGUGGCACUUUUACAAUAUCAAUUAUCCAGCAUGCAUCUACCUUUAAAAGAAGUUGCCAUUACGUGUUUAUAUCAAUUAGUACAAAAAAAUGCAAAAUUAGUAUUUGAUGUGGCGUCUCCUGGCCUUGAUAAUCAACUAUUUUCCUUAUUAGACACUGACCCAACGAUCGAUGGAGUAAAAGACAUUGUAAAAAGUUGGUUGAAUCAGACCGCGAAUGAUAGCCCUUCUACAUGGGUAGAAUUGUGUAGAAAAGUUAUGUCCAAAACAGGAUCAAUAGCUAGUGCUGGUGCACCAAUUGAGCCUCCAUCAUUAGAUAUUAGUGGUGGCGGUGAUGAUGAUGAUGAGCUAGGCGGAGGAGUAGAUGACGAAGAAGUGGAAAGUUUUGGUGCAGAGCAAUCUGAUAGUAUCGCAAAAAAAACCUCAAUAAAAAAUUCAUCAACUAAAAAUCAUAGUCUAGAAAAAAAUAUAAAAUUUUUGAAUGAUUCUUCAGUACAAAUCCCACCAAGGUGGCGUACACAAUUAUUUGCAAUGAAAUGUUUACAUCAAGUAGUAGAAGUAAUUUAUGCUAGUGGUGAUAAAAGCCAUUUCGAUUUAAUAUCAGCAAAGAAAGUUAAAAAUAAUGGCAAUAAUGACUUUUUAGUAUUGAAAGUAGCUGAACUUAUAAAAAUGGCCUUCAUAGCUUCUACCGCUGUUGUGAGUGAAAUGAGAUUAGAAGGCUUAAGAUUACUUAGAGAUUUAAUUGAGAAAUUUGCUGCAACACAAGAUCCCGAGUUUGAGGAAGCAGCAUUAUUAGAACAAUACCAGGCACAAAUUGGAGCUGCAUUGACCCCAGCUUUUACAGCAGAGUCAUCACCAGAAAUUUUAUCUGCCGCAGUAAAAGUUUGUGCAGUGUUUGUAGGUAGUGGUAUUGUCAAGGAAUUGUAUAGAAUGGGUCGUAUACUGAAAUUACUGACUACUGCUUUAGAAAAUUGUAAAGAUAAUUCUGGUGUUACAACUGUUGGGGAUAUUGGAGAUUUAAGCCCUCACGCAGCAAUAAUGGUAAAGUUAUCGGUUUUAAACGCAUGGGCAGAAUUACAAGUUUCAAGUGUUAAACAAUCUUAUCUUGUACAAGUUGUUGAGCCAAACCUUUCAUUAUUAAGUCAAUUGUGGGUUACAUCUUUAAAAGAAUAUGCUAGAGUGCAAAUUGAACCAGAUAUUGCAGAGGCGCAAGCUAAUAGUAUAGGAUCAGAUUUGUUACAAAACACCACACAAACAGAGGUUUUUGAUUCAAUGUACAGUGGUUUAACAAGAGAAGUCAUUUUGCCAUAUUAUAAUAGAUCAUGGUUGACAAUCUUAGGAGCAGUUGCAAGCUUGGCAUUGUCGCAGACUUUUGGAGGAGGAAGUACUAUCAACAGUGACAACGAUAAUGAUUUAAACAAAAAUGAAGAUAAAAAGGUUGUUAAAACAUGUAUAAAUGCAUUGAAAGCAUUUUUGAGACCUAUAUCAGCAGGAACUAAAUUUUUAGAUAAACAAAAUUUUGUUGAAUUAAUGAAUUUAUUUGAUAGAUUAGUACUCACAGAAGGAUUUCAAACACAAUUUGACAUAAUUCAAAUCAUUAAAAAUAUUGUUAAAGACUACGGUGCAACGUAUAUUUGUAGUGAAUUAUCUGAAAAAAGUUCCCCAAAAUUAAAUGGUCAUACUGAAGAAGAUAUAGAUGAUGAUAAAUUGUCUGCAGAUGAUGUUGAAGAUAAAUCAAAAACAAUAUUAUACCAAAUAUUAAGAGUGCUUGUCAAUAUAUUUUUUCAAAAAAUAUCAUUACUUUCAUCCAGGCCUAUUACAAUGAGAACAUUUAGGCCUUUGCAAGGAAAUUCAAAAGGUCAAACAUUACAGCAAACCACAACAGUUUUAAAGGCUUCACUAGAAAUUUUUACAUUGCUUGUUCCAAUAGUUCCAAUAAAUUACAAGAUUGACUUGGUGGCAAUAGCAUUUUAUGUUUAUAUGUCCAUAAUACAAGAUUUGAAAUUUCAAAAUGAUCUUGUGCCAAAUGUAUUAGUUAAUUUAAAAAUGUCUUGUGCAAGUUUGGAAGAUCAAUUUACUGAAAAACAAGAUUUUGAAAAUUAUUCCAAGGUUUUACAAUCCACAAUAUCUUCUGCAAUAUCCAGAAUUUUAUUAAAUAGUGAAGCUACAUCGGAUGAAAAUGAAGUAUCUAUAAUAAAAAAUUGUUUGUUGGCGAUAGUUUUAAUUUUCACAUCUUGCCCAAAUGCUUGUUUGAAUAACAAUGAAAUACAAUAUAAAUUUUUGGAAAUAUUGAAAAAUAAAUAUAAAUCCGAAAAUACUAUAAUCGCAAUCACUUCAUUACAAUGCACACGUACAUUAAUACUAUUAUCCACGAAAACUUUCAAUAAAGAAUCUACCACAAAAGCUUCAGUUGAACUAAGUAACCGAUUUACCAAAGUUCUUAUACCAGAAGUUGUUUUGUUUUUAGAAUCAUCCAGAGAUUUGAUUGAAGAUAUCAAUGAUUCAAAAGUUGUUGAAGAAAAAUUAAAGGUUGUUGAAGAGGCAAUUAAAACAUUAUUAACAAUGAAUAAUGUAACAAAUGAAUCGCAUAAAUCGAUAAUACUAGCAAUUAUAUUGCCGACAUUAAUCCACUUAUUAGCAGACCCACCACUAGAUUGUUAUUUAUCCACUACCACCACUCCUCAACAAAAAUCAUUACCACCUUUGCACAUAUUAUCCAUGACAAACAUAUUAUCGUUGGCUACAUCACAAUCAACGUAUUUUAAAGAUGCUGUUAAUUUAUUAUCGCCAGAGCCUAAAUCAAAAUUAGAAGCAGCUAUAAGAUUUAAUGUUUUGUUACAACAAGAACAAAGAAAAUUACAUGAAGAACGCGAAAAAAAAAUUAAUGAUGAGGUUGGAUUGAGUAAAGGUCCCAGUAUUUCAUUGAAAAAUGAUUUUUCAGGAUUUUCUUAA